CACACACUCACACGCACACACCCACACACACAUACACAAAGUGAUUUAGCUAGCUACAAGUUGAUGCCGGGGAGGGGGGGCUUCGCUUGGCCUUUUCUUUUUCUUUCUUUCUUUUUUGUUAUUUUUGUUUUGUUUGUCUCUCCUCGCGUUAAUAUCGUUUAAUUACACAUUUCCCCCUUUUUUUUCUUUUUUCCUCCACUUUCCACCUCCCGCCUUCACUUCACCUCCGCUCCUCCGUGCCUUUUUUCCCUCCCUGGAUCAUGAACAAGCUUUAUGUGGGGAACUUGAGUCCCUCGGUCACCGUGGAGGACCUGAAGCGCCUCUUCGGGGAGAGCGAGCUGCCCGUGGCCGACCAAGUGCUGCUCAAGUCCGGCUACGCCUUCGUGGAUUUCCCUGACCAGAAGUGGGCCAUAAAAGCUAUCGAGACGCUGUCAGGAAAAGCUGAGCUGCACGGAAAGGUGAUUGAGGUUGACUACUCUGUUCCCAAAAAGCUGAGGAGUCGUAAGAUCCAGAUCCGGAACAUUCCCCCUCACCUGCAGUGGGAGGUACUAGACAGCCUGUUAUCUCAGUACGGUUCUGUAGAAAACGUGGAGCAAGUUAACGCUGACUCAGACACAGCUGUGGUGAAUGUCACCUAUGCUUCAAAAGAAGAAGCUAAAGAGGCCAUUGAGAAGUUGACGGGUCACAGUUUGGAAAACCACUCCUUCAGCGUGUCCUACAUUUUGGACGUGGAGGGGGGCGGAGGCUCUCAGGCCCAGCGGGCGACACCCCGGGGGGGCCGAGGGCCACGGGAGCCGGACUCCACGCAUCCCGGGGCCAUGGGGGGCCUGCAGGGGCCCCGGCACGGCCACCACGAAUUCCCGCUCAGGCUGCUGGUGCCCACACAGUUUGUUGGAGCCAUCAUCGGCAAAGAGGGGCUCACCAUCAAAAACAUCACCAAGCAGACACAGUCCAAAGUGGACAUCCAUCGUAAGGAGAACGCUGGAGCAGCAGAGAAACCCAUCACAAUCCACUCUUCUCCUGAGGGCUGCUCUCAGGCCUGCAGGAUGAUCCUGGAGGUCAUGGAGAAAGAAGCCAACGACACCAAAACUGCUGAUGAGGUUCCUCUGAAGAUCUUGGCCCAUAACAGUCUGGUGGGGCGUCUGAUCGGGAAGGAGGGCAGGAAUCUGAAGAAGAUCGAGCAGGACACCGGGACCAAGAUCACCAUUUCACCAUUGCAGGACCUGACCAUUUAUAACCUGGAGCGCACCAUCACGGUGAGAGGAGGGGUGGAGGAGUGCUGUAAUGCGGAGGUGGAGAUCAUGAAGAAGCUGAGGGAGGCCUACGAGAACGACGUGGCCUCUGUAAAUUUACAGACUAAUAUGAUCCCGGGUCUGAAUUUGAGCGCACUGGGAAUUUUCUCCUCGUCUCUACCUGUCCUGUCUCCACCUGGGGGCCCCCGAGGAGUGGCCCCUCUCCCCACCACAUACAACCCCUUCAUGGGUCACACAUCAGCACUGGGGGGUCUAUUUGGAGCUCCACCCACCUUACCCCUGCAACAAACAGCUACAGAGCAGGAGGUGGUGUAUCUGUUUAUCCCCACUCAGGCAGUAGGAGCUCUAAUAGGGAAGAAAGGACAACAUAUAAAGGAGCUAGCACGGUUCGCUGGUGCUUCCAUUAAAAUCGCCCCGUCAGACAGUCCUGAUGCUCCUGAGAGAAUGGUCAUCAUCACCGGUCCUCCUGAAGCUCAGUUCAAGGCUCAGGGACGGAUAUUCGGGAAGCUGAAAGAGGAGAAUUUCUUCACGGCGAAGGAGGAGGUGAAGCUGGAGACGCAUAUCAAAGUCCCCGCAGCUGCAGCCGGGCGUGUCAUCGGAAAAGGAGGCAAAACGGUGAAUGAACUUCAAAACCUUACGAGCGCUGAGGUUAUAGUUCCACGGGACCAAACGCCGGAUGAGAACGACGAGGUGUUUGUGAAAAUUAUCGGACAUUUUUUUGCCAGUCAGACUGCCCAGCGGAAAAUUAGGGAGAUCAUCCAGCAAGUAAAACAGCAGGAACAGAAAAACCAGCAGGGGGCGCCGACGCCUUCGCAACACACCAAGUGACCACCAGAGGGCGCCAGCAAGCAGCAGCAGCCUAUGAAUGUAGCUCCUCCGAGCGCAAACCAAAAUGAGCAAAAAGCGCAAGAGAAAGAAAGAAAGAGCGGCAAGGAAACGGACGAGAAGGACAAGAAACACGAUCAAAACCAAAGAACUUUACGAUUAAAAAAUAAUAAACAACAAUAAAAAAGAAAAAAGGCUCACGAGAAGAGCGGAAACACGUUAGCAGGCUGGGGACGGCGAGCGAUUUUAAACGUGUCGAGACGCUGUCUGACGAUGAAUGGUACGCAAGCGACCACUGUCUGUAGGGGCUGUGUCUUUCUUCCGAGAAGCACACGUGCAGUAAUUAUUAUUAUUACUACGCAGUAAAGCAGUAAAGCAGAAAUCACCAUGUCUGUGCGGAUAUGAGACGGUUUUACCAGCAAACAAACUUCGUACGUACUUCUCGUGUUCUUACAGACAGACGGGAACGAACGCAUUCGAGCGGAGUGUGUGUGUGUGUGGGCACACUGCGGCGUAACAAUGUAGGCCGGACUAGAAUUUAAAGACGUUACGGAAGGCAGACGCGUCGAUACGAACUACCUAAGGGAGUUUGGAGUAAGUCUAUAUAUAGUAGAUCUGUUUGUUUUAACAGUGUUAAUUUAUUAGAAGACCAUAACGUGCUUUCUAAACGAUCUAAACGUUUCUGUAGUAGAAGAACACUCUGAUUUAGGACACCUAGAGGAGACUUUAGCAUUUUUCCGAAGCAUUUAGCAUGUGUUACAAUGAUUAGCAUGUCCAGAUUUCACCACACGGAUCAGUACUUGGAUCAUUACGAACUCCCUGCCCGGACGCAGCCAGGCGCAGUCCCUGGAUGCGUACAAGCUAAGCGAUUUUGUAAUUUUGCACUUACUAGAGUUUUAGAGUAAAUUUAGGCCGUGAUGUGAACUGGCAGGCCUAGCUGUAGGUACUCUCUGUUACGCUGUUUGUUUUCUAAGCCUAGCACGAGCACUUCGUACCAGAAAAAGCGGUUAAACUGGUAGUUUGUUCUUAGUAAAGUCAGAGAAUUAGCCUGUGUGCCAACGUUUUAACGUUUCAACUUCCCGAUUCUGCUUUUCCCAGCUGCUGUUUCUGGAUCUUUCUCUUCCACUCUUCGUUUCCUGUGUUCGUAAUUUCUAGCUCCUCUCCCAAAUUUGUAUCUGGCUAAGAUAAGUUUGCCUCAAAAUGGUGAGAAAAACAAAAGGAAAAGGAUAGAAUAUAUGAAAAUGACGAUGUUUGUAACUAUAAAAAUCCUAAAUCAACCUGAAUUGAUUGUUCAGACCCAGCCAGCGCACUUGUGUGGGUUUAAAAUGGGAUCCAGAGUGGGCAAAAUGGACUCUAAGUGGAUUUAUUCAUGUUUUUUAAGUGUGUUAUUGGGACCCAGUUGGGUUUUCCAAUGGCUUCUAUCAUUACAGCCCAUUUUAGUCCCAAAUUGGGUCCAUUUUAACCCUUCCUGGUCCCAUUAAUAUGGGGGCCAACAUUAAACUGGUGGGCAUUGGUCCUGUCUGUACAAUUGUUAUUGGGACCCAGUUGGGCACCCCAAUGGUUCCUAUCAUUACAUUACAGCUCACUUGAGUCCCACAUUGGCCCCAUAUUCAGUGUACAACCUAAAUAGAGCCUGUUUUAACAAGUCUGCAUCUAUAUGUUGGGCCAACAUAGAACCAGUGGGCGUUGGUUCUCCCUGUUAUGUUAAUGGCACCCAGUUGGGCUCCCAAAAUGGCCCCAUCAUUACAGCCCACCCUAAAAUCACAUGGAUCCAAUCUAGACCCUGUGACAGAGGUUGGCAUCCAUACAUAUGGCCAAUAUUGAACUGGUGGGCAUGGUUUUUAAAUGGGUUUGUACAUGUAUUUUUUCUGGACCUAGUUGGGCUUUCUAAUACAUACAUAGGGCCAGCAUAGAACGGGUGGGCAGCAAAGCACUUAAGUGGGUUUGUACAUGUGUACAAAUGGACCCCAAUCAUUACAGCCCACCCUAAUCUCAUAUAGAUCCUAUCCAGGCCCUACUGGUACAAACCAGAUGGGUCCUCGGUUCCAUCAUACGUGGAGUCCACUUGGGCUAGAGCUGCACAAUAUUGAAAAAAAAAAUGACAUGAUGACGAUAUUUUGUUGUACUAAAAAUACAGGAAUUAAUACGCAAAUGUAGCUACAAAUCAGUGAUCCAACAUGUCACAAUGUUAAUAAAGCAAUAUGUGCGCCAAUGAUUGGAGUAACGUACCUUAUUUUUCGGACUAUAAGGCGCACCGGAUUAAAAGGCACAUUAUGCGACACUAGUAAGGAACAGGGGUCUUGCCAUGUUUUCCUUUUAAUUCAGAAGGCUGUAAAGCUAAGCUAGGUUAAGUAAACAAAACUGUAAUUAAAAAAAUAUAUAUGCAGGAUGUUAAUCUAAAAUUAUUUCUCUCCUGAAAACUCUUUCAUGUUUAUUCGGGUGAGUAAAGUGCUUCCGUUUACGUAAGCUUAGAUUUUCAAUAUUUAAGUGCGGUUAGUCGCUAAUGCCCAGGGUGAUAUCAGCUAGCGGUUCAUCAGACGUAGCUUGUUUUAACACAGUAAACAUGCAGGUUAGCAGCUAAUGCUAAUGCUGCUCCAGCAGUGCUAGCCGGGGUUAGCAGCAAGCUACAGACCAAUAUACUCACCUCUGAACAGUGAAAGAGCUACUUUAGCGGAGUUGCUUUACUGCUCCUUAAUACCUGACUGGUGGAAUUCAUACAUAAGAAGCACCAGAUUAUAAAGCGUACUCAUGAUUUUGGGGAAAAUUAAGGGAUUUUAAUUGCACCUUAUAGUCUGAAAAAAAUGCGAUAACUAAUAUUGGGUUGUUAAAAUUGGUAAUCUGAUUAAUCCUGCCUUGGAAAAUGAGAACUGUUUUAAAAAUGUGAUUUAACAUUACACAUCAUGCUUGUUCACAUCGCAAUAUCGAUGCUGAAACGAUAUAUUAUGCAGCCCUGACUCAUGAAUGACCCAUGAAUAGAACUUUCUGAUUUUUAGUU